AUGGCUGAAUUUGCCUCUACCAUCGCAGAAAAUAUCUUGGGGAAGCUAGGAUACCUUGUUCAUGAAGAGCUCCGGUUGGUAUUGGACAUCAAAAGCAAGCUGACAGACCUUCAGGGCACCAUGACAACCAUUAAAGCCGUGCUCUUGGAUGCUGAAGAGAAGCAAUCUAGCAAUCAUGCGCUGAGCAUUUGGCUAAGGCUGCUCAAAGACAUAUUUUAUGAUGCCGAGGAUGUGCUGGAUGGAGUUGAGUGCGAAGUUUUAAGGAAGCAAGUGGUCAGAACACAUGGGUGCUCUAGCAAGGAGGUAUGUGAUUACUUUUCAUGUUGUAGCGACCUUGCAUUUCGUUUUCAACUGGGUCACAAAAUCAAGAACAUUAGGGAGAGGUUAGACAACAUUGUAGCUGAUAAGGAUAAAUUUAAUCUUGUUGAACGAGUUGAAGAUAGACAUGUCGUGUAUGUGAGAAGGGACAUGUCCCACUCAUUUGUUCGUCCUUCAGAAGUCAUUGGUAGGGAGAAUGAUAAAAAAAAGAUAAUACAGCUUUUGUUGCACCCAGAUGCUAAUAGAAAUGUCAAUGUAAUUCCUAUUGUUGGUAUUGGAGGGAUGGGGAAGACCACAAUUGCUAAGUUGGCAUACGAUGAUAAACUUGUAGCUAAGCAUUUUGAAUUGAGAAUGUGGGUUUGCGUAUCUGAGGAUUUUGAUGUUAUUAGGUUAAUAAGAGAAAUUCUUGCGGAAUCUGGUGUUAGAAUUGAUGAAAAGUUGAGUAUAAAUGAGUUGCAAACCAAGUUGAGAGAAAAGUUAAAGAAUAAGAGAUUUUUACUCGUCUUGGAUGAUGUUUGGAAUGAAGAUCUUAAUAAAUGGAUUGAAUUGAGAGAUUUGCUACUUGAUGGUUCCAAAGGAAGUAGAAUUUUAGUGACAACACGUGGUAAUAAGGUUGCCUCCAUUAUGGGCACUGUUUCCACAUAUGAUUUAAAGGGUUUAUCCGAAAAGGAUUGUAUGUCUUUGUUUGUGAAAUAUGCAUUUAAAGAAGGGGAAGACAAAAAAUAUCCAAACCUCUUAGAAAUUGGAAAAGAAAUUGUGGAAAAAUGUAAAGGAGUUCCAUUGGCAAUAAGGACUUUAGGCAGCUUACUUUUUUCAAAGGUUGAUGAACGGGAAUGGAAAUUUGUGAGAGACAACGGGAUAUGGAAAUUAGAGCAAAAGGAGGGUGAUAUUUUACCUGCAUUAAAACUAAGUUAUGAUCAAAUGUCAUCUCACUUGAAGCAAUGCUUUGUUUUUUGUUCUCUUUUCCCUAAGGAUCAUGAAUUCGAUAGUGAGCAAUUGAUUGCAUUUUGGAUGGCACAUGGACUCCUUCAUAAUAGUCAAAAUAUAAGGUUGGAAGAUGUUGGUGACAUGUAUAUCAGAGAGUUGUGGUCCAAAUCUUUCUUCCAUGAUGUUACUAAUUUCUCCUGGUGCUAUAGGUUUAAGAUGCACGAUCUCGUCCAUGAUCUUGCACUCAAGGUUGCACAAGAAGAGUGUUCAAUAGUCGACACUCACACCCAAAACAUUGCUGGAACAGUUCGCCAUUUGUCAUUUUCACAUAAUUGUCAACAAGUUCCACAUUACUUUUACAAGUUAAGUCGUGGUGUGCGGACCACUUUGUUCCAAACCAAACAACAAGAGCCGGCCUUAGUUGAAGCAUGCAUCUCGAGAUUCAAGUGCUUGCGGGCGCUUGACUUAAGUCAUUCAUCUUUUGAGGUGUUGUCAAGCUUUAUCAGUACUUUGAAACAUUUGAGAUAUCUAAACUUAGCUGGAAAUGUCAACAUCAAGAAACUUCCUCAUUCCAUUUGCAAGCUAUACAAUUGGCAGACUUUACUACUUCAUGGAUUUUUUGCAUAUAUCUCACUGUCCGAAACUAGAAGUUUUGUUUCGAGGGAUGGACGGGUGCCUUACCAACCUGACUACCUUAAAGACCCUUGUAAUUGA